AUGAGCCAAUUCAAGCAUUCUGUAAAAGUUCCCACCCAAUAUAAAGUAACAGCGAAAAUAUUAAAGUCGGCUAUUGAAAAUCAAAAGUCAAUUAAAACACUAAUAUUUGAGGAAAAGCAUGCGCGCAUUUGUAGCUUGAAAGCGGUGCUGAAGCAUUACAGCGACCAUAGAGGAGUUGUGGACAAAGCCAUUGAAGAAACAGCGUUGUUAAAGGACAAUCCAAAGCUAGACUCAGCAUUAGCUAAGGUGCUGGUGACAGAACUCCUCUUUGGACGCGGUGAACUAUCGGGCGAGAGCAGACCUGUACAAACAGUGCGUUCGUACAAAGAGCGACUACAACAGAUAAUAGGCUGCGUUGAAAUCAAAAAGAAAGAACCAAAUCCACGUUAUGUGCGCAUCAACACAAAUUUGCUCAGCAUUGCGGAUGCCUUGGAGUAUUUGGCGGGAGAAGAAUGGCGGCGGAAAGAGCUAGCAGCAGAUGCCACCUACGAUGACUUUCUAGCUGCCGUACGCACCUUAGAGGAGGAUGAAUUCUUAUUGGACAUGCAUGUCGAGGGCGUAUUAAUUUUUCAUGCCAAAAAUAGUUCAUACUGGGCCUCGCACGAGUUUGUGGGCUCCAAAAAAUUCAUUUUGCAGACCAAGGGCACCUGUCUGGCUGCAGAGCUGUUGGCACCGCCACCAGGCGCAACGCUUCUGGAUAUGUGCUCGGCUCCAGGCAUGAAAACGCUGCACAUGUGCAAUGUGAUGCAAAAUAAGGGACGCAUUUACGCUGUUGAGCAGUCCAAGGAUCGUUACAAAGCGCUUUGCGAUAUAACGACUGAGGCGGGCUGCGAAAUAGUUACGCCCAUAUUGGGUGAUGCCUUAACCAUGGAUGCCGAACGUUGUCCGGAAGUGGAGUAUAUUCUAGUAGAUCCCAGUUGCUCGGGCAAUGGUAUGCAGAGUCGAAUUAGUGUUUCGGAUGAGCAAAAGGAUGACAAGCGUCUAUAUAAACUGGCCGGUUUGCAGAUUAAAAUAUUGUCGCAUGCCAUGAGCGCAUUUCCCAAUGUCAAGCGUAUUGUCUAUUGUACUUGUUCGCUUUGGAAGGAGGAGAACGAACAAGUAGUAAAGCGCUGCUUGGAACUCAAUCCAUCGUUCAAGUUACUCAGUUGCAAGAAGGCACUGCGCAAUAAGUGGCAAAAUGUUGGUGACAAGGAGUACGCCAAAAUUGGCAAGAACUGCUUAUACUGCUUGCCAGACUACGAUCUGACUGAUGGAAUUUUUCUGGCAAUGUUCGAGAAGCUUAACGAUGCUCAGGAUUAAUUCAAUUCAACACAAGAAUUUAGCUUAUGAUGAUACUUUAUUAUAUAAGUUUGACAUCGCUUUAAACUUCAGUUUACAUAAAUGUAUAUGUAUAUGCACUUGUGUGCUUGAUUCGAUCUUUUUGUGAAUUGCAUUAUAAAAAAGAAAUGAAUAUUUUAACUACAAUAAAGAAGUUGAGACUUACUGGACUUCGAUGACUUAAUAAAUAUGGUAAAUACAUGAAUAU